GAGAUCGAGAACAUUCACCAUUUCGCUGGACUCGUAUGUGGGGUGUGUCAAUUCUCACCCAGUCACUCACAUCGACUCGACGAGCGGCGCCGCUCUCCCCCGUCUCCGUACCCACCACUGACCACCCCGACGAUCGCCGUCUCAGCCGCCUCCCACCUGGAGCGGAGGGAAGUGUAUGGUUAACAUGCAGAAGUGAUGGCCCCCGCGCCACCAAUGGGGAGCUCCAGCAGGUUCCCUGUGGCCGCAGGAGACCGGCUAAGCUCGUUGCCGGAAUGCCGGACGACCUCCUUCGCGCCAUCAUGUCAUUCCUCCCUGUGCGGCAGGCCGUGCAGACAUGUGUGCUGUCACGGAGGUGGCCGCACCUCUGGUGCUUCAUGCGAUGUCUCAACAUCGAUCAAAGGGAGUUCGACUUAGCAGCCUCAGGGUCCAGUGAAGGCAGCCGGUUUGAGGAAUUUGUCAACAGCCUGUUGAUGUUUCACAGUGCCUCAUCGUCAGGCCCGGCUCUGGGCCUGGGGGGCGACCGCCUAGGGCCCACGGCCGAGGGGGCCAGGAUCAAAUAUAUACUAUACAACAUUGAUACACAUGAGUAUAGGCCCAAUAGCAACUGGCUGCAGAUCGCUUGGCUCGGCAUACGGAAAAGAACUAACUGAAGCGUCGAGUCAUCCAUCCGUCGUCGCGUCGCUUCGCACCGCAGACUUCGUGCUCCUGCCUUUUUUUGGCUGCCGCCGCCCGCCCGCCCGCCCGGCGUCCGUCCGACCAUCCGGCGACGCUGGUGUCUGGCUGUCCGGUGAUCGCCUGCUGCCAGCAUGCCUUGAAUCGUGACGCAUUGACUCAUCCCCUCCACGCCGCAGCAACCUUUUGCAAUCAGCAACAGCAAAUCGUCGGUGAGUAACUAUAACUAAUCUAAUAAUUUGUUACUUUGUGACUAUCAGACUCUGUUAGAUACUUAGAAUUCUAGGUUUAAACUUCUAACUUUACUGUUUAUUUUCCUUUACAAUUUAUGUGUUAGAAUGUUACCUAAGAAGCAUUUGUCGGGAUAAUGUUAUAUUACAAUUUAGGUUUAAACUUCUAAUGUUCUAAUUUUCUUAUUAUUUAUUUAUAAAGUAUUUGAGGUAAUUAUAUUAGCUUUUUUCUGUUCUUUUAGUUUGUAUAUACUAUCAAUAAUGUUCUUCACAAAUUAAAU